AUGCUCUUAUCUCAGCAACGGUACUUGAAAGACAUUCUCAAGCGAGCAGGUAUGUUGGAUUGCAAACCCGUGACCACGCCUAUUUCACCCACCAAAGCCGUGAGUGGUCCUGAAGUGCCGUAUGCUGAUCCCACUCAGUAUCGCAGUCUUGCAGCACAUGCAUUCACUACUACUUCUGACUGGGUGGCACUAAAGAGGGUGUUACGGUAUGUUAACGGGACACUCAAUCUUGGUCUUCAUAUAUCAUUGUUUGCCUGUCUUGACAUUCAUGCAUAUUCUGAUACGGAUUGGGCUGGUGAUCCGGAUGACCGGAAGUCAACCAGUGGCUUUGCGGUAUGUUUGGGGAACAAUCUUAUCUCUUGGGUGUGCCGGAAACAACAUACUGUGGCUCGUUCCUCAAUUGAUGCCGAGUACAAGGGGAUGGCUGAUGUUUCUCCUGAGGUCACUUGA